AUGGCGUGCUACGCGGUGUCGGACGAGAUCGCGCAGAGGCUCGGGACGAGGACGCACGCGAGGGAGAGCGCGGAGGCGGACGCGUGCGAGCUGCCGACGGCGACGACGAGGGGGCGGUUCGUCAGGGAUGGGAGGCGCGUGGGAAGGUACGUUGCGUUCGGAGCGAUGGAUGGGGCGACAUCGUACGCGUGGUACGAGUGGGUCGAUCGCGUGGUGCCGGACGACGCGACGAGGUCGGACGCGAUGACGACGGCGAUGAAGGUGGCGAUGGACGCGGCGAUUUAUAAUCCGAUAUGGGGGGCGUUUUUCAUCGUUUCCAUGGGCGUGCUGAGCGCGAAAGACGCGGAGACGAUCGCGGGGGAUGUGAAGAGGGAUUGGAAGGCGCUGAUCACGAGUAAUUUGACGUUUUGGGUGCCGAUGAACUUUAUCAUCUACGGCUUCACGCCGUUGAAUUUUAGAGUGCAAGUGCUGUACGCGCUCAACAUCAUCUACGUGUGUUCGCUGUCGAUGUAUUCGGAGCGCAAAACGCUGUUGAAGGACUCGGGGGAUACGAUGAGCAUUCCCGACGUCGUCGCGCGAGUGCUUCCGGACGACGCGCGCGGAGAUUGGCGAGCUUUGACGGGGUGCCCAUCGUGCGGAGGCGAAAGGUUCGUGCCGUGUCCGGCGUGCGAGAGCGGACGGGAAACCACCACCGUGGUCGACGUCAACGGACGCACGCGCACGUUGUCCGUGGAUUCGUGCGCGGGUUGUCAGGGCGCGCGACGAAUCGCGUGUCCGGAAUGUACUAACGUCGGCGCCGGCCGAGCGCCGCUUCAAAGCGAAGACGAAUUCACGCCUACAUAUUGA